UAAUAAACAUGAAGACUCUCAACUAUCCUUUUUGCAACGCCAUUUGUUUAUGCUUCAUUAUUUUAAACAUCUCCUUGACGAUGGCAACUCAGGUAGACUCAAUGGACCAGGCUCACGGGCCUCUAAAGCCUUUGAAGACUUAUAUAAAUGACUCUGUAAAUGGAUCUGAGUUAGUUAACUCGAAGUUCUGACCCAGCUUAGUUGAAGUAAUCUACGCGAUCUUAUGAAUAAGCUGGUUGAUAACGAUCCCAACUGCAGUAAUAUUCAACUUGAUCCCGAUCUUAAAAGAAAGGACUGAAUCACUUGCUCGAGGCCUUGAAAUUCCACCGACUGAUCCCUUUGAGGAGCCUUAA